CUUUUUUAUUUAUUUAAAUACUUUUUAACUAAAGAUAAAUAAUCUCGCAUCGAAACUCUCGUAGCCCCCAAAUCCUUCUCUCUCAAUCACAAAAUUAGGGUUAGGGUUUUCAAUUCCCCCACCUUGCGAAUUUCUCAUUUCUCGUAGCCGCCGCCGCCAUCGACGAUGACAGGCAAAGCAAAGCCAAAGAAGCACACAGCGAAGGAGCUCCAAGCAAAAGCCGAUGCAGCGUUGACCAAUCGCGGCGGAGGAAAGGCAGGGCUCGCCGAUAGAACCGGUAAGGAGAAAGGUGGUCACGCUAAAUACGAGUGUCCUCACUGCAAGAUCACUGUACCGGAUCUAAAGACGAUGCAGAUCCAUCAUGAAUCGAAGCAUCCAAAGCUGACUUAUGAAGAGCCGAGGAAUCUUCAUGAGGCUUUAGCUGCUCCUGCUGAAUCGUCUAAGCCUAAGCCUGGGAUCAGAGGAAGCCUUAAGAAGUGAAGUGAAGAUGUUUGGGGAUUGUAUCGAAUUUCGAUUUGAAAUUUGUGGUCUUUUAAUGGUGUUUUGAUGUGAGAAUAUAAACUUGCGUUGAUGAUGGAUGAUGCUUAUGUCCAUCUUCGUAUUUUUAUGUUAUGAUCAUAUAAAAGUAACUGAUAUUUAUUUUCUUUAUAAAAUGGUUUGUUUCUAACUUA